ACCAAGUCUGACCUCUUUCUGAAGUGACGAGUCGCGACACAGAGAGCUCCCAGAACCGUGAGAAUUCCCCAUGGUUUCGGGUUUAGUGGCAGGCGAUUAUAUCGUAGAAGGACAGAGAAAGAUAUAAGGAAUAAUUUGACUACCAUAUUUAGGACAUUUUGACACAAUUUUGGCCAUUCAGGAGGUAACUUUGUUUUCCCUCCAAAAUUCAAGAUGCCUUUACUGAAAAGGCAGCCAUUCGAAAAGAACUCCGUUCCAUCCGAUAUUAAGCCAGACGAAGAGGUUUUUUACUGCCCACUGACUAAUGAAAUAUUCAGGGACUACGAGGAAUUUUUUGAACGAAUCAUCCUAUGCAACAGCCUGGUAUGGUCAUGUUCGAUUACGGGUCGAUCAGGGUUGACGUACCAAGAGGCCUUAGAAUCGGAAGAACGUGCAAGAAAGCACCUGUCAUCCUUCCCCUUCUAUCUUCACAAACCCAUCUUGUUUUUGGCAACAAAGACACACAGGAGCAGGCUGAAUGAUAUGAAUGAUGAUGUAUUCGUUUUCACCAAGGACAGAUAUUUUGUUGGGGAAGUGGUGGAAGUUAUACAUGAAGGCGAAAGAAAAUCCUGCAAGAUACUUAAGGUCUUACCACCUACCCCUUUGCCUAAUGGAGAUGUCAAUGGAACCAGCCCAUCGACAAGUGAAGCAGCUGACCAAGAGGAUGUUGACAAUUACAGAUACGUUGUCCAGAAGAUAGGCAAAGGAGAGAAAGGGGACCCAUUUAUAGCUGAUGCACCAGAUGUCAAUCGAAAGAAAGGCUUGUAUACCAGAGACAAAAGCAAACUGUUUCUAAAAAGUCACUGUGAAGCAAGUGAAGGAAUAUGGAAAGUGAAGGCAAAGGAGAGAAAGGGGGACCCAUUUAUAGCUGAUGCACCAGAUGUCAAUCGAAAGAAAGGCUUGUAUACCAGAGACAAAAGCAAACUGUUUCUAAAAAGUCACUGUGAAGCAAGUGAAGGAAUAUGGAAAGUGAAGGAGAAAUAUAUUAGGAAGCAUCACUUGAAUGAAGUGAACUUCAAAAGCAUGUUUCCAAGUGCCAUUCCCACAUUUGAGACUUCUGAGGUGAAGAAAAAACCCAAACAGAAUAAGUCUGAUGUUGAUCUGCUCCUGAAAAAAGCCAAGAAAGAACACAAAGAAAAGAAAGAGAAGAAGGAGAAAAAACAAAAAAUAGAUGAAAAAGAACCGAAAAAAUUAACAGAAGAAGAAAAAGAGGCCAUGAAACAGAAGUUAUUACUAGAAAAAGAGGCCAUGAAGGCCCUCAAGUUGGCAGAGAAGCAGGAAAAGCAGGAAGAACUUCGAAAGAAACUAGAAGAGGAAAAGGAAAGGAGAAGGGAGGAAAGGGAAAAGUUAAAAGAAGAAAAGAAGCUGAAGGCUGAAUAUUUGAAGGAAUGGAGCAAGCCCAGAGAUGACAUGGAGUGUGAUGAUCUCAAGGUCCUCCCUGACCCCACUCCUGUGAAAACUGGUAUACCAGAGGAGCUGUUUGGUGAUGUGAUGAUGGUGCUGGAAAUGUUGCAUGUCUUUGGACCUCUGCUGGAAAUCAAGGAUGAAUUUCCUCAUGGUGUCUCCAUGGAUAUGAUGGAAAAAGCUCUAUUGGAGAAGGAUGUUGAUGGCACACUAGCAGAUCUACUUGGCUUUCUACUGGUCUCCAUCUUUAACUUACAACAAGAAGAGGAAGAGGAGGAGGAAGAAAUAGAAAAAGAGGAAAAGGAUGGAAAUUUAACUGCUGAAAGAGUGGAAACAAUUGAUGAGGAUACAGAUAUUGCUGACUUGUCCACCAAAGACCUGAUACAGGCUGCUACAGUGGCCUCUCAGUGGCCCCACCUUUAUCAUGGGACUCCACUGAGGAAUUUACAACUUGAUUCUCUUACUCUCACGGAAAUCUUGCGCCUCCAUUUUCUAUCAUCUGGUGCCCAUGCUAAUGCCAGCAAUGCCAAGUUCCGCUACCAGCAGAGAGGAGGAUAUACAUCCCUGGAUGAUGCUGGCAUGGAGUUCAAAAUGCAGGAAUCUGCCAUUAUAAAAGCACUCAGUACUUAUAAUGUAUUUGAUCUCUCACCUGGUAAGUGGUAA